AUGUAUGGAGGAUCUGGUCCGCGAUGGGCAUCGGGUGCGUUCUCUGCUCUGUCUCCCAUAUCCUCGUCCUCGCCAUCCCUCCUCUCCAUCACGCGUGAUCUGCAGGAUGCUCUACAUGUGGGACUGGCCGCUCGUCAACCCUCCCUAGAGCACCAUACCGAGGUCCACGAUCUCCCUCAAGGACUUGGCCCUCGCUUGGCUCCCCACCCAUCUCUUCGCGAUCUGUGGCCCCGCGUCGGUCUCGUUCCUCAAGAUGUCUCUCAGGUGCCACCCUACCCGCACCGCGACCCGAUCGAGGCGCUCAAGGCGUACUUCUACACCCGGCGCACGUUCCCCUUCCUCGACCGCAUGCUCGGCGUCCUCAGCGUCCUCGGGCCCUACGGGCGCGCGCGCGAGGACAUGGGGCGCCUCCAGGGCUGGCAGCGGAACGCGCAGGCGAUCUGUGCGGUGUUCAACUUGCUCAACGACGCCAAGCUCCUCGACAACGUUCCCCGCUUUGUCGGCCGCAUCGACACGCUCCUCAUGCUCGUCCGCACUGUCCAGGGCGAGGCGCAGAACAUCGGCGUGCUCGGCGUCAUCGACGCGCGCGCGUGGGCCACCGUCGCCGCCGCCUGA